UUAAAGGAGAGGGGUGGGAGGAAAAGGAAGGAGAAGAGGAAGGAAUUAACUGUCCGGGAAUCCAGUAUGAAAAUAAAGAAAAGUUGCAUUUCAACGAACUAAAUGUGCAGCACAAAUAAUGCCGUGCUUUUAAUGAGCACCCACCGGACUUGCAGAAAAAUAGCAUGAAUGUUUGAUCAAAACUCACUAGCAGAGGCUUAUUGGUGAACAUCUCCUUUCGUUGCCCAUCUGGUUCCAUGGCAUUAAGGUACCAGCGCCGCUUAUGGCGCUACGUGGAACGCGGCCGCCGUCGCAAGCUGCACAGGCUCCUGCGGCAUCACAGAGAAGCCUUGGACCUGGGCGAAACGAAGGGACACAAAAACCACACACCUUUGCAUCGAUGCUGUGCCCUCCUGGACCACAAAGCUGCCGUCCUUUUGCUGAAGUACGGGGCAGACCCCACUCUCCCAGACCACCGUGGAGACACAGCUCUGCAUUUGGCUGCCCGGCACGUAGCACGUGGAGGAGAUCAUGCUUAUGAAGACCUGUUUCUACCUUUGCGAAUCCACUGUCCAUCUGCCAUGAGCAUCAAGAACAGAGCUGGGAAGACCCCUGGAGACCUCUUGAACACGACAGCAGAAGAUAAAUGGUGCCCUGAGGAAACACUUGAGGAAAAUGAGGCAGAAUGUGAGGCCGAGAGAGAGUGGAGAUGCAAGCUUCUCAAUGAAUAUGAGGAUGAGUUUCAAGAGACCCCAUGGCAGCAUGAAGAUUUCUCCACUGGUCCCAACUCAGAAACGUUCGAGGAAUGGGCUGAUCGCAUACACCAAGAAUACGGGCAAAAACGUAGGCGAGAAGAGGAACAGCGUCACCGGAGGCCUAAAAAAGAACCUCCAAAGUCUUCCGUUCAACUCCAGCGCUUCCUGGAACAAGAGCAUCUGGAGUACCUAAAACGUGCCCAAGCCAAGGAGGAGGAGGUCCAGGCAGCCAAGAGAAGACGUUACGAGGAAGGCUGCAGCCGCGUCUUCUCCUCAGACAGUUCACGUCCAUUGUGUUACAGGGACAUUCCCUGGCCGAGCUUGGCUGGGACUCCUGAGGAAAUGGCCGCCGCAGCCCUUCGUGGUGUAGAUCCGUCAGACAAAAGCGCUUAUCGGCGGUUCCUUCGGCGUCAGCAGGCUUUGUGGCAUCCGGAUAAGUUUGCACAACGUUGCGGCACACGCUUGGCCGAACAGGAUCGCCGUCAGAUCUUGGACGCUGUCACGGCGUUGUCCCAAGCUUUCAAUCGCUUGGCUGAAGCAGCCAAAUGAAACUUGCUGCUUGUCGACAUCGGUAUUUCUCGGCCUCAGGUACUUCAAGGUGUGUGGACUUCAACUCCCAGAAUUCCAUUCGGCGUACCAGCUGGGGAAUUCUGGGAGUUGAAGUUCACACAUCUUAAAGUACCUGAGGCUGAGAAACACUGGUCUACGUCAGGGGUCUCCAACCUUGG